UCGAUAAUUACAAAAGAAAAAACUAACAAUCGAUAACCUCUUUUAAAGUAUCUUAUCGGUACUAUCGACAUUGGCAUCGGUUGUUUGCCACCUCCACUGCACGCGACUUUUGGAAGAUCUGACUUGGAAGCACUCUGGACACUGGACACUCUUGAAGAAACGAUUAGCAAUGGCCGGUGUUUUGUUCGAAGACAUCUUCAAUGUUAAGGAUAUGGACCCAGAAGGCAAAAAAUUUGAUCGUGUCUCCAGAUUACACUGCGAAUCCGAAUCCUUUAAAAUGGACUUGAUAUUGGACAUUAACUCGUGGUUAUAUCCCAUGGAAUUGGGAGAUAAAUUUCGUUUAGUUUUGGCGACCACGUUGCGUGAAGAUGGGUGUCCAGAUACUGGUGAAUAUAACCCCUUGGAAACUGAAGGUACCAGAGCUGAUAGUUUUGAGUACGUGAUGUUUGGCAAAACGUAUCGCAUAGAAGGCGACGAAGCACACAAUGAAGCAUCUUCCAGACUAUCGGCAUAUGUUUCGUUCGGUGGCCUGUUGAUGCGACUGCAAGGUGAUGCCAAUAAUUUACAUGGCUUCGAAGUGGACCAGCAAAUGUAUCUGCUGAUGAAAAAAUUAGCUUUCUGAUUAAAUAUUAGUAUUUACGUGUAGUGUGUAUGAGAUUCAAUAAAGUAAUAUUUUUUGUUAGCUGAUCUAUUUGUACAUAAAACUUGAAA